CUGGGAAGUCGCACUAUGACUCCUUUGCCCAUGACCUUUCUCCUAUGGGUGGCUGGUCUUUUGUGGAACCAAUCCUUAGCUCAGCACCCAGAACCGAACUCAGGUAUCAGACAAGAGAAUGAAAUGUCGGUCCCAGAGCUGAAGAGCAUCAACCACAGCAGUACAGAUCAAUGGAAAAGUAAUCACACGUUCCUUUCAAAUUCCAAUAAGAAAAAGGUUAAAUUAAUUUUGAAACGAAUAAAUAAAGAAAGAAAAUCACUUCACACAGGACCCCAUGCUAUAAGACCCAACCGCUGCGGAGACAAGUGCUGUCCGGGAUGGAGCACUGCACCUAAAACUGGAGCAUGCACAAGAGCUGUAUGUAACCCAAGAUGUAAAAACAGGGGUGUGUGCAGGACACCACAGAAGUGUGUGUGCAAGAUCGGUUUCCAUGGGUCUUACUGUGAGAGACGAAGUUCAUCAUUUAUUGCACGCUCCAUACCCCCGGAGAGAGUCCCUAGUUCUACCACUCCAUCUGCUAUAAACACGGUUGAGUCCCCAUCUGUGAAGGCCGGUGCCAGAGAUCUCACCUUCGUUACGAUGUCUCCACUGCAUCUCAGUUUAUCCCCAUCCACCACCCUAACAGCAACUACAAUCACGAAGAAGCCCGCACCCAGGGCUGUGGCCACCCACACUGGCCUGAAAUCCAGAGAUGACCAGAUACUCAGCUACCCAGCUAAGAAUAGCACGUCACUGAGCUGGCAGCCACUCACUGUACAGGAGCUUCAGUAUAUACUGCAGAAGAAGGGCUUAGUGACGAAGGAUAAGAUGGCCACCUUACUGGCUAAGCACCUGGAAUCACAGAAGAGCCAAUUGGCCAAAGAUAGCUGGAAGGAGAGACAUCGGACACCCAACUCCAUACGGACCCCUAGAGGAGAAUUUAAUAUUCACAGGCAGAUCCAGAAAAAUGCGUCUGGACAGGUGGAGAAGGUGAGAGUGAUGUUCACGCCAAUGAUCUGCCGCGUUCAGUGUUUGGGGGACCGGUGCACUAACAAGUGUGAGAAAGGGAACAUGACCACUGUGUACAGUGAUGAAGUCGCCAGGAACCACGGGCAGCACGGAUUCCGAGCCUUUCUUUGCCCACUAUUGUGCAAUAAUGGUGGUGUAUGUAUAAAGAAGGAUACGUGCCUCUGCCCCCCAAACUUCACUGGGAAGUUUUGCCAGAUUUCUGUGUCCCCAAACAGUGGGGUCGCUGCGUACACCAUCAGGAACAGUAGUGAGGAGCACAAUUUAUUGACAAAAUCUGUGUACACUUUACCUCUAUCCAAUCAUCAGCCGGAGAAAGACGGAGGAGCAUCCAUAGUGGAGGUCCAUGUAAAACACCCCCCGGAGGCCACUGUGAACAUCCAUCAGGUGGAGCGUGUGGACGGACGUGAGGGACAGACAAGUGCCGGGCGCAGGGAGGUGUCCCAGAGUCAGGCGGGCAGAGUUCCUGUGCACCGGGUACAGGCUCAGAACAGCCCCAGAAUCAACGGCUAUUCAGAAAACUCUGGCUAUGGUUACUGCUUCAGACGACUGGACAAUGGUCAGUGUGCUUCACCUAUAGCUGGCCUGAGGACUCAGGAUAUCUGCUGUCGAGGCUCUGGAGUGGCCUGGGGGGUCCAUGGCUGCACUCCUUGCCCUGGGCACAAUGGAGAUUUUGGAGUAUCCCCACAAUCUCCAUGCCCUAAGGGUUUUGAGAGGAUAAAUGGAACCUGUGUAGACAUAGAUGAGUGUAGCGAUUCCUCUUUGUGUCAGAAUGGUGACUGCACCAACACUAGAGGGAGCUUUAGCUGUCUGUGCAAAGAAGGGUAUCUCCUUGAUUCCUCUAGGAGCAGCUGUAUCUCACAUCACGUGAUCUCAGAAGCCAAAGGUCCAUGUUUCAGGAUAUUGCGGGAGGGUGGUUGCUCUCUCCCUAUCCUUAGGAACAUAACCAAGCAGAUCUGUUGCUGCAGUCGUGUGGGAAAGGCUUGGGGAAAAGCAUGUGAAAGGUGUCCUCCCUUUGGCACAGAUGGCUUUAAAGAGACAUGUCCUGCUGGGCCUGGAUAUCACUACUCUGCUUCUGACUUACGAAUUAACCAUCGCUUUGUUGGUCAAGAUCAAGCCAGGGUACCAGUUGUGAUCCAACCUGGAUCCAGAAUUCCAACUGACCCCACUGUUGGAACACCCCUGCAACCUGUCACUAGUCGCUUCAAUGUGGAUGAGAGGAGACCAGAUGGGGAUCACAGCAGGGUAGAGGUUCCAGACCAGAGAUCUCCUGACAGGACACAAAUACAAGUUAACAGACCUUCUUUUACCCUGGAAAGACUCAUUCCAACCAAGAUUCCAGCACGUGUACCAACUGAGGUGGAGUCUCCUCCCCAGGAAACUAACUUGUGUGAGCUGAACCCGCAGAUCUGUGGCCCCGGACGCUGCGAGCCGCGCUCAGGCAGCUACACUUGUAUAUGCAACAAUGGUUAUUGGCUGAGCACACAAGGCACCCACUGCAUUGACAUGGACGAAUGUCGACAGAACCCCAGUCCUUGCACCAAUGGGCGCUGUGAGAACACAGUGGGCAGUUACCGCUGCGCCUGCUCCGCUGGUUUCAGCACCAACCCUCAAGGCACAGAGUGCACAGACAUUGACGAGUGUAGCACUGGACAACAACUCUGUGCCAACGGCCGGUGUGAAAACACUGCUGGCAGCUACCGCUGUGUUUGCCCAUCAGGCUUCAGCCUUAAUGCACAGGGCAAAGCAUGUGUAGAUAUUGAUGAGUGUCGCCUAACUCCCAGACGCCUGUGUCUAAAUGGUCGAUGUGAGAACACUCCAGGAAGUUACCGCUGCGUGUGUCCUGCAGGGUUCACUGCCAACUCACAGGGCACUGAUUGUCAAGACAUAGAUGAGUGUCGCCAGACACCACGUCCCUGUGGAUCUGGAAGGUGCCUGAACACCCCUGGCAGUUUCCGCUGCUCUUGUCCUACCGGUUACAGACUGACCCCACAAGGCAGUGACUGCAUUGACAUUAAUGAGUGUGAGAAUCCGGGAGCUUGUGCUGGUCAAGAGUGUGUCAACACACCAGGGUCCUUCCAAUGUCGGCAGUGCCGAACCGGCUAUAGACUCCAGAACAGACGUUGUGUGGAUAUCAAUGAGUGCCUUACUGAGUCUACUUGUGGUCCAAAUGGAAAAUGUAUCAACACCGAUGGCUCUUUCCAGUGUGAUUGUGUGCCUGGUUACCGACUCAGCAGUGAUGGGACACGCUGCACAGAUAUUAAUGAAUGCCUGGAAGGAGAGUUCUGUUUCCCACGUGGAGAAUGCCAGAACACAGAGGGGUCCUACAAAUGUGUGUGUGCGGAGGGCUAUGUCACUACCCCUGAUGGUUCAUCAUGUGUCGACAAGGAUGAGUGUCAGCAAGGAAGCCUUUGUCAAGGAGGACGGUGCACCAACACCGUGGGGUCUUUCCAGUGUGUUUGUCCAACUGGUUUCAAAGCCAGCUCUGACAAAGCCAACUGUGCAGAUAUUGACGAGUGCGAAGAGAGAGGGGCGUCUCUUUGUGGGACGCAAAGCUGUGAAAACACACUGGGGUCUUAUAGGUGUAUUGCAACUUGUGAUAAUGGGUACAAGUUAACAUCAUCUGGUGACUGCGCAGAUAUCAAUGAGUGUGCUAACUCUACAAUCUGUGGGGACAACGCCAUCUGUGAGAAUCUCAUUGGCUCCUACCGAUGCAUGUGUGACUGGGGUCACGAGAUGUCCAGAGAGGGGCAGAACUGUGUGGAUAUAGAUGAAUGUUUGGAUUAUGGGGAUUCGAUCUGUGGAACACUGCGAUGCCAAAACACACCAGGAUCCUACAAGUGUAUAAAUGAUUGUGAGCCUGGAUAUCAGCUGUCUGUUUCAGGAGACUGCAAUGAUAUCAACGAGUGUCUAAAUAAGACUGUCUGCGGGGAACACGCAUUGUGCCUCAACCUUGUGGGAGCCUACCAAUGCCUCUGUGACCGGGGCUAUGAGGGGGAGAGGGGCGAUCAGCACUGUGUGGAUGUCAAUGAGUGCGAGACACUACAAGGUGUGUGUGGGACGGCCCUUUGUGAGAACGUGGAAGGAUCCUUCCUCUGCAUCUGUCCAAACAGCAAUGAGGAGUUUGACCCCAUGUUUGGGAAAUGCAUACGAACAACCACUGCUGAACGUCCUGCAUAUCCAAGCAGUUCCGGCUUUUCCCGGGUAGAUUUUGUGCCAACCUCCGCCCUUAAAGACUGUUAUUACAACCUGGAGGACCCUAAUGUGUGUGAGAAUGUGCUUGCUAGCAAUGUCAGCCAAGUUGAAUGCUGCUGCACAAUUGGCAAAGGAUGGGGCCAGGCCUGCCAGAUCCAGAGAUGUCCUAGCAUGGAGUCAGCUGAGUACCGGAGCUUGUGUCCUGAGGGACUGGGCUAUGUGGUAUCCGGGCAGGGCUAUAAAGAUGUUGAUGAAUGCAAACUCUUUGGGCCAGAACUGUGCAAAGGAGGAGUGUGUCUCAACAAGGCGCCGCUGUUUGCCUGCUACUGCCCCAACGGCUACGUCUAUGAUGGCCAUCGCUUGGAGUGUGUGGAUAACGAUGAAUGCCAAGAGGAGGAGACCUGUGUGGGGGGGAACUGUGUGAACACUGUGGGAUCCUAUUUCUGCACAUGCAACCCCCCAUUAGUGCUUGAUACAUCCCAGAGGAGGUGUGUCACCAACACGAGCCAGACCAUAGAUAAUAACGUAGCUGUGUGCUGGCAAGCUGUUGGGGCAGAUUUGGUGUGCAAGCGCCUUCUAAUGGACAGACAGACAACCUACACAGAAUGCUGCUGUCUGUAUGGGGAAGCCUGGGGGAUGAGCUGCGCACUUUGUCCAGCAAGAGAUUCAGAUGACUUUGAAGCCCUGUGCAAUGUUCUUAGAUCUCCAGGAUACGGAAAUCCAGCUCCUCCUCUUGAUCCUUAUGAAUAUGGAUCAGAAUAUGGUCCAGGAUAUGGUGUCCCUUAUGGAGCUGAUUCCUUCCCCAACCCUCCUCCUAGAAUAGUGAGGCCUGGAUAUGAAGCCUACCCAGCACCUCCCGGAGUGGGAUUUGGAUCACGUCCACCCUCACCCUAUGACCCACGGGACUCGGUGUACAGUCUCCCGCCUUUUGAGUCCCCAGACUUUGAUUCUGAUGUUUCCUAUACAGACACAGAUGUAGAUGAGCUAAGACCUCCAUUCCAGAGAGAACUUGGAUAUGACCCACUUCUGCGACCAUCUCCACCGCGUUCCAGAUCUAGAAGCCCUAGCUCUGCAGGGGUAGGAUUAGAAGAUCGGCGUAGGACCCCGCCAUGGAGUUCUGUAGGGCGUGAUUCAGACAGUCUCCCAGAUUGGAGGGGAGGCCUGAGGGAAGCACAUGAUGACCGCUAUGAACAAUUUGAAGGGUUGCAAGCGGAGGAAUGUGGGAUCCUCAAUGGCUGUGAAAAUGGCCGGUGUAUCAGGGUGCCUGAGGGCUACACCUGUGACUGUUAUGACGGGUACAGGCUGGAUAUGACACGAAUGGCAUGUAUGGAUAUAAAUGAAUGUGAUGAAGCGGAGGAUCUCUCUCUUCUGUGCCUGAACGGGCAGUGCCGUAACACUGAUGGAUCCUACGAGUGUGUCUGUCCCCGUGGAUAUGUCCUGUCCCGACAACACAACUACUGUGUACCCUCCCAGGACUGAUUCCCCACAGUCCAUUCUUAGGAGAACCAAAGACAUCCUGUGGUGGCUAGCCUAUGUCCACAUCAUUGUGAGGUCCAGGGGCUUGCGCGAAAGACGGGAUGGAGAUAUUUAUUUUUCUGUAUAUAUUGUCGAAUGUUUAAUGAUCUCUUUAGUGCAGUCAGUUGUGGGCAACCCCUGAGAGUUUUAUAUGCUAAAAACUUUUACCUAUACUUUUUUUUUAUUUUACUUGGAGCAUAUGGGACACUGAAUUCCCACAUGUCACCAA